AUGAAUCCCCCACACCCCUUUUCAACCUCACCCCGACACUCAUCUUCAUCCUCGCAAGAGGAUGACGAUGAUCUCAUUGCUAUAAUACAAUCACAACAACAAGCACUACUAAGUACGUAUGCUCACAACAACGCUGCCAUGGCUUACUGUUUGGAGAUUAUGUGUACUCAAGCCAACCCAAGUCAUGGGGGUUCGACUCUUGGGCAUAGAGUGAUUCACCGUGAGACUUCAAGAAUGGCAUUGACUGGGGAGGGAGAGCAAAUCGGUGGGGGAAUUCAAGGCGGUGUAGAUGACGCGCCGCCGCGGAAACAAGAAAAUUCUGUCGCCGGACCCAGAGUGAUCCGGUACCGGGAGUGCCUGAAAAACCACGCGGUUAGCAUCGGAGGAAGCGUUACGGAUGGAUGCGGCGAGUUCAUGCCCGGCGGCGAAGAGGGAACGGUGGCGUCCCUGAAAUGCGCCGCCUGUAACUGCCACCGUAGCUUCCACCGCCAAGAAACCACCCACGGCAGCGGCGGCGGCGGCGCUCCUCCGACCAAUCCCCCCGCCCUUCCCUCCUUCGCUUCCAUGACCCACCGCCACAAUGCAUGGGCUUCCCUAGCUGCCCAGUCCCCGAAAACCCCCGCCUUCGGCGGCGCUGCACCCCCAACCCCUUCCGCCGCCGCCGCCGCCACGGCGGCGGCGGUUGAUUCCUCCUUCCAAGAACCAAACUUUAGCCCCCACAAAUGCUUCCCCUCCCCCGCCAGCACCGCCGCCGCUACCGUGGCGGAGACGAGGGGCAAGAAACGGUUCCGAACAAAGUUCACGGCGGAGCAGAAGGAGAAGAUGUCGGAAUUUGCUGACAAGAUUGGGUGGCGGAUUCCCAGAGAAGAAGAAAACAUCCAUGGAGUGGAAAGAUUCUGCGGCGAGAUUGGAGUGAAGAGACAAGUGUUCAAAGUUUGGAUGCAUAACAACAAAUCCUCUGCUAAACCCAACGCCGCCACAUCACAUCCGCCAUUAACGACGACAUCAUCAUCAUCAUCAUCAAUCAACAACUAAUAAUCAUCAUCAUUAUCAAUCAAUCAAUCAACUAUAUAUCUUUAAUUAGCUAGUCAGCUUCUUCUGCAAGUAUGUAAGAGUAGUUAUUAACUUAUUAUGAGGUUUUAAUUAUGUAUAAUGUUAAUUAGGUAGAAAAGGAAAAAGUGAAUGUGUAUAUAUAAAAGCUAGUAGGUAGCUAGUAUUGUCAACCUUAAUUAGCUUGUCCGAUAUGGCUUUGUUGAGUGUACCAAAUUUGGUAUAUAUGUGAUAUUAAUGUGAAAAAUGUUUGGUGAGUGUAC